CAGUAUUAGGGUCAGUGCUCAGCCGCCGCUCUGCAAUAAUCUCCGGCAACCAUGACGACAAGGUUCAAGAAGAACAGGAAGAAGAGAGGCCACGUGAGCGCCGGGCACGGGCGCAUCGGGAAGCACCGGAAGCACCCGGGAGGCCGCGGGAACGCCGGAGGGAUGCACCACCACCGGAUCCUCUUCGACAAGUAUCACCCGGGGUAUUUCGGGAAAGUCGGGAUGCGGUACUUCCACAAGCUCCGCAACAAGUUCUACUGCCCCAUCGUCAACGUCGACAAGCUCUGGUCAAUGGUGCCGCCGGAAGUGAAGGCCAAGGCCUCCAAGGACGACGUUCCCUUGAUCGAUGUGACUCAGUUAGGGUUUUUCAAGGUUCUCGGGAAGGGCGUGCUUCCUAGCAAUCAGCCGGUUGUGGUAAAGGCUAAGCUCGUUUCGAAGAUCGCCGAGAAGAAGAUCAAGGAGGCCGGCGGCGCUGUUCUUCUCACCGCCUAAGGUUCUUCUUUCACUCUCCGUCUCACAUUUUGCGGUUUUGGAAUCUUAACAUUUAUGAUAUGAACUUGCGGUUUGUUUUCAUUAUAUGUGGAAUUCAAUUUUGCAGCUCUAUAUAAUAUAUGCUUAUUUCCUUUAAAAAUUA